GGCAUGUGGUCGCCGGGGAGGGAGACUCGGGCCUUGGAGCCUUGGGGGCCACCCACCCGGGGGCGGGGAGCGGUGGCUGCCAGUCGGCCCGCCCCCUCUGCGCGCACGCCCUCGGCGGGACUAGAGUAGCCCCCGCUGGCUGCCACCCCCGCGAUCCUCAACCCUGAAGCGGAGACUCACUUUCGGCCCCCGGCCUGGACUGAAGGACCGCAGGGCUGAGGCGGCCCUGAGCUGGGGGUGGACUUGGGCCUUCGCUUCCUCCCCCUCCCGUGACCUAGUGACCCGGUGACUAGAUUCGCGGCCCUCGAGUCCCCGGCGCCAGAGGCAUCUCUCAGCCUCCCUGCCGAGCACCUGGAGAAGAGCCGUGGGCCGCUGGCACUGCUGUCCCCGACGCCCACUGCAUCGGGCGGCUCACGGGUGCCCACCGGGACCCCUGUGGGAGUGGUGGGCUCCGUAUUCCCUCACUGCUCGGUGCCUGGCACCGAUUAAGUGCUCAUCAAAUGGCAGAGGGUUGCUUUGAGGACGGGAUGACAGCGCCUGGCCCGUCGGCGCUCGCAGACAACUAAUGAGGCACUCUCUGGAAUUCGGAAGAAAGACCAGACUAGGCUGAUCUUGACGUUCAUCCCCACAGAGAAACUGGAAUUUUAGCAGGAGCUCGGCCAUGGUGAACGAACCCAGAGGGCACGGCGGCCCCAGCCCCCGCUGGGAGGACGGCACCAGUGGCAGCGAGAGCUCCAAGGAUAGUUCAAGGUGUUCCACACCGGUGCCGGACCCCGAGCGACACGAGAGGCUCAGGGAGAAGAUGAAGCGGAGGAUGGAGUCUGGUGACAAGUGGUUCUCCCUGGAAUUCUUCCCUCCUCGAACUGCUGAGGGAGCUGUCAAUCUCAUCUCAAGGUUUGACCGGAUGGGGGCAGGCGGUCCUCUCUUCAUAGAUGUGACCUGGCAUCCAGCAGGGGACCCCGGCUCAGACAAGGAGACUUCGUCCAUGGUGAUCGCCAGCACCGCCGUGAACUACUGCGGCCUGGAGACCAUCCUGCACAUGACCUGCUGCCAUCAGAGCCGGGAAGAGAUCACGGGCCACCUGCACAAGGCCAAGCGUCUGGGCCUGAAGAACAUCCUGGCGCUGCGGGGAGGUGCUACGCUAGAAAGCGGAGACACCAACCCGAGUGUUGUGAAGGCUCUGCCUCCGAGGCGCACCGUCCUGGGCGUGGGGGGAGAAGGAACAGAGAGGCUACCUGGAGGGCGGGUGAGACCCAGCACCGUGACCUCCAACCCUGCAGACCCCACAGGUGACGGGUGGGAAGAGGAGGAAGGAGGCUUCAGCUAUGCCGUAGACUUGGUGAAGCACAUCCGAAGCGAGUUCGGUGACUACUUCGAUGUCUGUGUGGCAGGUUACCCCAAAGGCCACCCCGACGCAGAGAGCUUUGAAGCGGACCUGAAGCACCUGAAGGAGAAGGUGGCCGCGGGAGCCGACUUCAUCAUCACCCAGCUUUUCUUUGAGGCCGACACUUUCUUCCGCUUCGUUAAGGCUUGCUCCGAGAUAGGCAUUACUUGCCCCAUCCUCCCCGGAAUCUUCCCUAUUCAGGGCUACCACUCCCUCCGGCAGCUUGUGAAGCUGUCCAAGCUGGAGGUGCCGCAGCAGAUCAAGGACGUGAUCGAGCCAAUCAAAGACAACGACGCUGCCAUCCGCAACUACGGCAUCGAGCAGGCGCUGAGCCUGUGCCAGGAGCUCCUGGCAAGCGGCUCGGUGCCGGGCCUGCACUUCUACACCCUCAACCGCGAGAUGGCCACCACAGAGGUGCUGAAGCGCUUGGGCAUGUGGAUCGAGGACCCCAGACGUCCCCUGCCCUGGGCCAUCAGUGCCCACCCCAAGCGCCGGGAGGAAGAUGUCCGUCCCAUCUUCUGGGCCUCCAGACCAAAGAGUUACAUUUAUCGCACCCAGGAGUGGGAUGAGUUCCCCAACGGCCGCUGGGGUAAUUCCUCGUCUCCGGCCUUUGGGGAGCUGAAGGACUACUACCUCUUCUACCUGAAGAGCAAGUCCCCAAAGGAAGAGCUGCUGAAGAUGUGGGGGGAGGAGCUGACCAGUGAAGAAAGUGUCUUUGAAGUCUUUGCUCACUACCUCUCGGGAGAGCCGAACCAGAACGGCUAUAAAGUGACUUGCCUGCCCUGGAAUGAUGAGCCCCUGGCGGCCGAGACCAGCCUGAUGAAGGAGGAGCUGCUGCGAGUGAACCGGCGGGGCAUCCUCACCAUCAACUCCCAGCCCAACAUCAACGGGAAGCCGUCCUCCGACCCCAUCGUGGGCUGGGGCCCCGGCGGGGGCUAUGUCUUCCAGAAGGCGUACUUAGAGUUCUUCACUUCCCGAGAGACAGUGGAGGCGCUUUUGCAGGUGCUGAAGAAGUACGAGCUCCGCGUGAAUUACCACAUCGUGGAUGUGAAGGGUGACAACAUCACCAACGCCCCCGAGCUGCAGCCCAACGCCGUCACUUGGGGCAUCUUCCCGGGGCGAGAGAUCAUCCAGCCCACAGUGGUGGACCCAGUCAGCUUCAUGUUCUGGAAGGACGAGGCCUUCGCCCUGUGGAUCGAGCAGUGGGGCAAGCUGUAUGAGGAGGAGUCCCCGUCCCGCAUGAUCAUCCAGUACAUCCACGACAACUACUUCCUGGUCAACCUGGUGGACAACGAGUUCCCGCUGGACAGCUGCCUGUGGCAGGUGGUGGAGGACACGUUUGAGCUUCUCAACAGGCCCCCCCAGGGCAAGAGGGAGACGGAGGCGCCGUGACCCUGAGCCCGGACACCCUUAGCUUGAGGCCACUGUGUCCCGCCGUCCUCCUCUCCGUCCUGGUUCUCUGGAGACCCUCGUUCUCCUUCACUUCCCCCCACCCCCUGACACGAUGAUGGCAGCUAGACUGGUGUGAGGAUUCCAGGCUCUGGCUGGACUGGAGCCCGCCUCACACGGGAGCCAGGUGUUCCCUGCUUAGCGGAGAGUCCGUGCUCCGCUGGGAAGCAGCCCCGUCCCCCAGAGGAGCACGCGGGCAGAACAGAACGCACCCUCCCUGGGAAGGGUUGUUGCUGGCGGAGCCCCUGGGAGGCAGCCUGGGACUCUGCCGGUGACCUUGCUCUUGGGGCCUAUGGAGGACAAGCAAAGCGAACAUGGCCGUGGGCUCUGGGACUGCAGAGGAGACCUGGCAGGGUCAAGGCGCUGGAGCCUUCCACCUCCAAGGCGUUGGCAGCCAGGCACGACCCACUCGGGAAUGAAGGGGCGGACCGCUGCCCUGCCAGGCACUGGCCCCUGGAUGGACCUUGGACUGAAACCUAAGUUUUCACCUCCUUCUAGCCGAGAGCUCAGCUGAGUUUCUCCCUUUUCUACAGCGUUGCUUUUUGAAACAGUUGUCUCUGUUCCCGUGGCUCGAGAGAGAAAGUGCCUCUUAAGGGUUAAAGGUGUCUGA